CAGGCGCCGCUUGUAAUGCCGGCCUUGGGAUGGGUCCUAACUACCUGGUAAUAGACACCAGCAUUCGCAGGUUGCCAGGACCUCAACACCUCAGCUACAUAAACACAUCACAGACUUUCUGUCCAGAGGAUAAACGAGGCAUAAUGGUGUCUACUUUUCGCGGGUUGUUGCUGCUCGCAGCCAACCUUUGCGUUGUGCUGGCCGGCAGUGAUGCUGGCAACCACCCUAAUUCAGUUACGCUCUCCUAUCAGUUGGUCGGGUCCUCAUCGGUCGAGCCUUUAGGAACGUUCUCCUACGACCCUAAGUCAUUGAAACAUGCUCUCACAUCCUGGACUCCUCCAAGCCUUGAAUCCGAAAAGUCGACGACUCCAGAACCCACUUCGUCCCGACUACUGCGAAUCCUACUCCCCGAUGGCAGCGCGACCGUAACGACUCUUGACACAUUCAACCCGGAUUUCCACCAGAAGAUCGAUCUCUGGAUUUCACCUCUCGACGGCUCAGUGUUUUCGGCUUCCGUUUCGAGCCUUUCGCCGCCACCCUUGACUCCUGAGGAGGAGCGGUACAAGAAGAAGGUUGAGCGGGCCAAAGCAAAGGGAAAGCCCAUCCCACCACCGCCCCCGAUUCCAAACACCAAGAAAGCAAGGGAAGAAGCCGCCAAAAAGGCAGCUGCAAACGAGCCCAUCAAAGUCAACCUUCUUGUCGCGGGCCCUGGCCCUGCACCAGUUCUUACAACCCGGAAGCCACCGCAGGUGGACGCCGAGGGAAAGGAAGUUGCCCAAGAGGAGCAACAAGAAAAGAGCUUCUUCCAGAAGUACUGGUGGGUCUUUAUGAUCGUUGCCGUACUUUCUAUGGGGGGAGGCGGCGGCGGAGAAAAAUAGAUGACAAAAGCGCGCGGUAUUCGUUGCUUAAGCUGAGGACCGUCGUCAAUCUGGCCUACAUGAGCUGCAGAUGCCCAGACUGUACUUUCAACUCUUCGCAGCUUUGGCUCGAUGGUUAUCGAUGCCCUGGAGCGGUAACGAGGACUAGCUGUGUUUCGUACUCUCCAAACACAUUAUGCGCUGGUCGUCACACACGCAGUGCGUGGAUGUUCUAGUGAUCGGCAUGUUGCGUGAUUGGCAGAGGCCAGCGCAGUGUACCGGCGUCGCCAGAAUUAUGGCCAGAAUGAGAGUUUCCACCUGCCAAUCUGUCCCUCUCGACUCCUCAUGAGAACAUGCCAGGACCGAAGCAUCGAGUCGCUCGCAGUCCUUGCAGCAUUGUUUGACACUCCUCGACCCGGCAAUGAUUGCGGCAGUUUGUUCACCACUCUGCGGCGGCCGCAGAGAAUCGGUUGGAUAUGUGCUCCAGCAGCGCGAGUUCGGGUGGCUUUGUUUGUUCUUCUACCUUAGGUCCAGUGCAGUCAUGGUCGCGCCGUCAGUUUUCUGGGAUCAAUUCUCCUCAGGUCCCAACGUGUCCCACCGAGACACCGGGUCGUGUUUUAAGACUUUCACCGGCGCCGACCGUGGCUGACCCUCUCCCCGCGGCAGAGGGGGUUUCGUCGAAAGAUACCCUAUUCACUAAGUCCACUAUCUACUGCUGGUGCUGGAGUUCAGUCGUACACCGAAAGGGCUUGCUACUUUUCUAUGCUGAUACGGUUCUCGCGCAAUGGCUCGGCAGUUCGGAGACCAUCUGGCUGAACAACGGGGCCUCUGAGCGUACUAUGCCACAUGUCCCAUGCAAGAUCGAUGUCGGAAGUCGGGGCCAAAAUCAAUCCAUCUCAGCCCUUUGCUCAAUGCGACUCAGCCUGAAACGACUACUGGUGGAAUUUCAAAGGGCAGUGGGCUAUAGAAUCCAGCAUGCAAGUCGAGGUCCAAGUUGUCAAGGGAGAGCACUACAGAGCAGUAAGCUGCGAAGCAGAAAGUAUAAUCUAUUCUGUUGUUGAUUUGUCUCUGGUCUGGUCUGGUCAUUCAUGCCUUCGUAUUCGUUCUAUCGCAUAUCCAUAUCCGUAAUCGCAUCAGCAGCGCACCUAAGCUGUAACAUGCCUUAUCAUAUCCUUGACACCGAUGGUAUGCUGUGGAGUAAACACUAAACCUAAACCGCUGCAAAACAAAAAACACUUUAUAUGUUUCGAAUCUCUCCCAAAAGGGGCCCACCAUAUAGGUUCCAAGGACUCUUCAUUGUCCAAGAGAAGGCGGAUACCACUGGCACACCACGGCUUAUAGGAAUUAGACCAUAGGAUGGGGUGAGAAGGGACUGGGGCAUGUUUGGCGCUGCAUUGCAGUGCUGUGCUGUGCUCCCAGUAACUGAUAGUACUACGAGUAGUCGGCUACUCGUAGC